UAAAUUCAUCAAAGAGUCCAGGAGAGCUUUGUUCAAACUAAUGACUGUGCAUAUUAAAUGACGCGUCGGUGAAUGUUUUGAGAGUUCUGCUUCUGAAUGGAAUGAAAUCCUCAAUAUUCUCCAGUGGACUCUCAAAGGUGGCGCUGGAUUUUGGAUCUCCUCCUGCUUUGCGGUUCUAUGAAGAACUCCAGUGGGAAGGUAAACGCUCAUUGAUUCCAGGACAGUAGUUGAUAGCUGAUUCCAGGGCCCCGAACUUCACUCAACCACAUACACAUGGAAAGGUAAUGGCUUAAUGCCAGGUUCAGGUUGAAUGAAGUUUCACAGUUCUAAUCCAGUUUAGUGAAAUGAUUGGAUUUUCCCCAUGUUUGAAGAUGGCGAAGCAUUACAUGCAUUGCAGUUUUAAAUUACGUUUUCAUUGUUCAGCCAGUCGGAUUCAAAUCUGAGUAUGAAAUGCGGCAGCAAUGACAUAUGUAGAUCGGCGAGAUGAGGCCUUAUUUCUGCUGAUCCAUCGCAGCGAUGGCCUUGUGUACCUGCGGACUGAGUCUUUCAUGAUACAGCAUCACCACAUGGUGAUUGGUCGGAAUCGGCUGGAAUCAUUUUGGUCGAGCAACCAGGAUAUUCUGGACCGUCUGCUCUUCUCGAAGGAACCAGAGAUUUGGUAAGAGUACUUUGGUUCAGCCGGUUGCCACAAUGAAUGUCGUCCCAGGACCCCUUCCUAACAUGAGUUUACCACCUCCAGCCAUGAUCACAGGAGCCUCCCCGCCAUCUUUCUCUCCUCUUGGAUUCAAACCGAUACAGAUGCCUACAGGGUUCCCUCCUGUCAUCCCGCUGGCCUCUAUGAACCCCUCAGGUCCUCCUUCAUCCAUCACAGAAAGCCCAACCAAAGAACCUUCAGAAGACGCUCUUGAGGCUCCCAGGAGUCAGAUGGUCCCGACAGGAGCUCAAGCGCUCAGCCCGCCACCUCUCACGGGGAUUCUGGGGCCCAGACCGGGACCCCUACCACCACGACCCCCUGUGGGGCUCCGCCCACCAUUCAUGCCCCAUUUCCCCAAUAACGGUUCUCAUCCCAUCCAUCCCCCUCAAAAUAUGCCCCCUCAAAUGAUGCCCCCCAGGGGCCCCAACCCAAUGUUUGGUGAAGCCCCUGUGGGCCGUUUCCGGAUGCCCAUGAUGGGCCAUCCAAGACACAAUUUCGCCCCAAGACAUGAUCCCCCCCCUCACAGGCCCCCCAUGGGUCCUAGGGGAGAGGAACCGCACUGGCCGGACAGAUUUGGAAACGAGCCGCCAUUUCGGGGUGGGUGGGGCAGGGGCGGCCCUCGUGGAAGAAGUCGCUUUUCGAACUGAGUUGGGUGCUUUUUUUAGGGGCCAAUGGCUUCAUCUCCGAAUGGACUGCGGAAAACGGGACUCUGCGUCCUGUUGACUGGAGCGGGAACACGGAGAACACAUGGAAUUAACAGACACUGUUUCUAAAGUUCACGUCUCCGAAUACCAGUGAUGAUGCUCACCUUUCUACACGUCGUAAUAUUCGUUUGAAUAGGCGAGACAGAACCAGAGAUCACACAUUAUGAAAUUCCCGUUUGCACUUUGUCGCUCCAUGUAAAAUCGAAGAGGUCUGUAAUAUUUCAGACGUUACACUCACUACCAUGGACUAACAUUAGAGGUCUAGUGUGUAGUUUUCAUGUAAAUAGUCCGGUUUUGCACACUUCACGAUCGUUGUAUAUGAAGAAACCAUCUCUGGAAAAUGUUCAGCCCAGCUUCCGUUGUGUAUAUUUGGAGGAAAUAUUUAGUUAAAAGCGUUUGUAGCCUUUCAGCGAGGAAGAAUAGUGUAAGUACUGUGUUGUGUAAUCAUUAGAGCUGUAGGUUACACUCUUGUCAGCGGUAGAGCAUCAUCUUUGGCGGUUUAAUUUUACGAAGCUAUUUUUUUACCAAUCGUUCUUGAUUUCUUUUCCUGUCUUAAUGGUUUAUAUUAACAUGCUAAAAGGAACACGAGUAAAAGUUGUGGUUAUGUAAACUGA